UUCAUAAUAAUGAUGCAAGUGCAACCAUUGCAAGAAGGCAUAAAAAAGAAGAAGAUCGAAUUAAGAUCUCUCAAACUAUUUCUUUCAUAUGCAUGGAGGAGAAUCGGCAAAAGCUUCGAAAGGCGGUCUCGGACGUGUCUCAAGAGAUAGAGAAAUGCUAUAGCUUGGAAAAGGAGAGAAAGUUUGAUGAUAUUGAAGAGGUGGAGGAAGGUGUAUGCCAUUGUUGUGGGCUGAAGGAGGAAUAUACAAAAGUUUAUAUGAGGGAAGUUGAAGAAGAAUAUUGUGGCAAAUGGUUGUGUGGACUUUGUUGUGAAGCUGUUAAAGAAAGAGUAAGGAGAAGUAAUGAAGUUACAAUGCAAGAUGCUUUGAAGUGUCAUAUAGAAUUUUGUCAGGAAUAUAAUGCCACAACAAGAAUUAACCCUAAAUUGUCGUUGACAUUGUCUAUGAAGGAAAUAGCUAAGAGAAGUUUAGAGAAAAGGAAAUGUAAGGGAAUGGGUGUAACUAAGCUUGAUAGGAGUACUAGUUAUCCAUAAGGUUAAUUAAUUUCAAAUACUGCUGGGAUUUCUUAAAUUAAAUGCAACUGUCUCCUUUAGAAUUUAUUCUUUAGAAUUUGUCAUGUUUGGUUUUGCUAUCUUCCUUUAAAAAAUGUGAUGAGAUCUUUGAGAUUUUUACUAAUUUAAUCAUCUAAAUAAAUCUCGGAUCAAAUUGAGUGAGUAUGUGUAGACUUGAAUGUGUUUACCGUUUUUAAAGAAAAUUGGAAAGAGAUAACUAUAAUUGUCUUUCGAAGAGGAUGACCCAUAACUCAAUCAGCCCAUCAUGCCUAGGGCGUGGGUUGCCUCACCCAAACUCGUGUUCAUUAAGUGACGAUUGCAUUAAUACGUAUUAGGUCAUGUGUUUUUAAAAGGAUCUAUAUUUGUCACUUCUCCAAAAAAAUAAACUGUUCCUCCCUAUUGACUAGGAGAAUCAUCUUCUUA